UUUGCUGAUUUUCGAUUUAGCACCAUGGUUUGCUUCUUUUAGCCACUAUUUUGCUAGUGUGAGCUUCUGAUUUGCUAAUUGUAGCUGUUAGCCUUUGUUUGCUCUUCUUCUGCACAGCUUAGAUUUAACAGUUCAGUUUCAGCUUCCUCGACACAUUUCAGCCAUCAUUCAAUACAGGAAACCCUCCUUUUUCCCUCCCUUGUGCCCCUUUCCUCCUCCUCCUCCUCCUCCUCUUGGAGUUGGAGGAGUUGCUCCUGUCUCUUGCUGUUCAGCUCUCUCCCCCCGCAGCCAAACAGUCUAGGGUCUCACCUGCAGACCCUCUGUGUUGUGACUCGUCGGGCAGGUGAACGGGAUCCUCUGGCCUUGUUCUGUUGUUUCAGCUGAUCCUAACUGCAGGGUAAUUAGUGGCUCUGUCUAUUCAUUUGACUGGAUUGUUCCUUUAGCUCUGUAUCCUGUCUCCCUGCAGCCCUCCUCCCUGCCUAUCCCUCCCCUCUGACCCCCCCUUUUCAUUCCCGUCUAGCCCAGACUGAGUCAGGCUGACACACUGAGGCUGUGUGGAGCUGAGGAGACCUCCCUGCUGGACUGGAGGAGCAGCAGAUAUGAAAAGUCAUGCUGUGACUGUGUCUGUGGCUUUGUUGGCCCUUUGCUGCCUGCUGAUUCCCAAAGGAGGGAGGAGUGCCGGAGGGAUAGUUUCUCUCCUGCAGCCCCAAGAGGAGGCGCAGACGGAGGAUGAGGUGCGAGAUGGGUCUCUGGAUGAGCCCGAAAGUCAGCAGGAGCUGGCAGAGGACCUACUGAAAGGCAGCAUCAGGCUCAGGAGAGACUCAGACGGAGCUGCACAGACGGGCAUUUGGAGCAGAGUGAGGCGAGCGCCGGACGAAGGCAAAAAGAAGAAGAAGGACAAGAAGAACAAAGAACCAAAGGAUCCAAACACCACCAAGAAGCCUAAAACUGACAAGAAGGGAAAAAAGAAGGACAAGCAGAAAACGACAACGACUCUACCGCCCACCACCACAACUCUACCUACUGAACCCCCCACAGAACCUCAGCCCUACCCAGACUACUAUCCUGACUCUGAAAAUGACAAUGAUUACUGGAAACCUGACGAUGAAUACUGGGGGCCCGACGCUACCUCACCCCCAGACACAGACGAAUACUGGGAGCCCGACGCUACCUCACCCCCAGGCACAGACCCCCCAUAUGACUUCUGGAAGCCAGAGGACGAAGACCCAGCUGCUCCUGUGACAGACAUCUACGACGACUACUGGAAACCAGAGGAGCAGGAGCCGUCCACUUCUCCGCCCGUCUACGAGGACACGUGGAAGCAAGAUGAGACAGAACCGUACGCUCCUGUGACAGACGGCUACUGGACGGAGGUGGAGCCGACCACCGGGGCUCCUGACACGGGGAAGACUGGACCGGAUGACAGCGAUUACUGGGAUGCCACAUUUGAGGUGCCAGACAAUCUACCAUUUCCUGAAGGUGAAGAGGUCGAGCCUGAAAUCGAAGUAGAAACUCUUCCAGAAGAACCCACACCCACUGCUCCCUUUGAUAGGACCUGGUAUGAUGAUUACGAUGAAUAUGGAAUGAAGAGGAAAGAGGAUGAGACAGAUGAAAAGUGGAUGGAGAAAGAGAGAGAAAGAGCCAACAAAGAGAGGGAGAGGGAGGAAAGAGAAAGAGCGCAGAAACUGAAGGAGGCGGAGGAACGAGCCAGGAACAGACCACGUGUUUUUAAAGAGCCAAAGAAAUGUCCUCCUCUGGGGAUGGAGUCCCAUAAGAUUGAUCUGGACCAGCUUUCAGCCUCCUCUAUGUCUAAUUAUAGGUUUGCUCCUCAGAGAGCACGCCUCAACAUGCAGGGUUCUGAUGAUGAGGACAACAUGAGAGGUGGAGCGUGGUGUGCAAACUCUGAGGACAGGAUUCACUGGUUUGAGGUAGAUGCUCGCAGGGAAACAGAGUUCACUGGAGUCAUAACUCAAGGGCGAGAUUCCUCAAACGAGAGUGACUUUGUGACGUCCUACUUCCUGGCCUUCAGCAACGACAGCAGAGAAUGGACUACCAUCCACGAUGGGUAUGCUGACUGGUUGUUUUUUGGAAACAGCGACAAAGACUCCCCUGUCAUGAAUCGGCUUGCAGAGCCAGUGGUGGCGCGCUACAUUCGAAUCAUCCCUCAGAGCUGGAACGGCUCUCUGUGCAUGAGGCUGGAGGUCCUGGGCUGCCCCCUGUCUGAUUCAGGCGAUGCUCUGUACAAACUGAAUGAAGUGACCCCAGUGGAUUACCUGAAGUUCAAACAUCAUAGCUACUCAGAGAUGGUUGAGCUCAUGAAGUCUGUGCAUGAGGAGUGUCCCAACAUCACCAGCAUUUACAGCCUGGGCCUCAGCUCUAAUGGACGAGAAAUCAUGGCCAUGAUCAUCUCUGGUAACCCCACGGAGCACGAAAUAGGUGAGCCAGAGUUUCGAUACACAGCAGGUCUGCAUGGAAACGAGGCGGUGGGUAGAGAGAUGAUCCUGCUUCUCAUGCAGUACCUGUGCAAAGAAUACAAGGACAGAAACCCCAGGGCCCAGCGGCUGGUGGAGGGAAUACGUAUUCACCUGGUGCCCUCACUCAAUCCUGACGGACACAAGAGAGCUUUUGAAUUGGGUUCAGAACUCAGCAGUUGGACCACCGGACACUUCACAGAGGAUGGCUUUGACAUCUUCCAGAACUUUCCAGAGCUGAAUAAUAUCUUGUGGGAUGCUGAGGAUAAGGGCAUGGUGCCGAAACUCACCCCCAACCAUCAUGUGCCCAUUCCAGAGAACUUUGAGGCUAAUAGUUCGAUCGCUACAGAGACCAGAGCCAUAAUCUCCUGGAUGAAAACCUACCCGUUUGUGUUGGGUGCAAACUUCCAAGGAGGCGAGACAAUUGUGGCCUAUCCUUAUGACAACUUACGUCUCAACAAGCCUGCUGGGAGCCAGAAACCACACAGCCGCUGGAAGAGACAGUAUGAGGAGGAAGAGUUUGAUGUGACGGAGUGGGGAAGGGGCUACCAAGAGGAGCCUGAAGAGGACUGGAGAAGUCGAGGAUAUGCACAGCCAGAAGAGGAGUGGCGAGGCCACGGCUAUGACCAAGGAUAUGACCGCAGCUAUGACCAUGGCCAUGAUCGUGGCUAUGACCAUGGCCAUGAUCGUGGCUAUGACCAGGGCCAUGAUCGUGGCUAUGACCAGGGCCAUGAUCGUGGCUAUGACCAGGGCCAUGAUCGUGGCUAUGACCAGGGCCAUGAUCGUGGCUAUAAUCAGGGCCAUGACCGUGAUGUCUAUGAGCACGGUUACGAGCAUGGCUACAAUCAGGGUUAUGAACACAGGGAGGAAGAGGAGGAAGACAGAGAAAGGGGUGCUGGCUACCAGUACACUGAGCCUGAAGAUGAGCCCCGGGUGACUCCAGACGAGUCCCUGUUCAGGUGGUUAGCUGUCUCCUACGCCUCCACGCACCUGACCAUGACGCACAAUUUCCGCGGGUCAUGCCACGGAGACCCGCCUACAGGGACACUCGGUAUUGUCAACAGGGCCAAGUGGAAUCCAGUCACAGGCAGUAUGAAUGACUUCAGCUACCUGCACACAAACUGCUUUGAGCUGUCUGUUUUCUUGGGCUGCGACAAGUUUCCUCAUCAGAGCGAGCUGGCAUACGAGUGGGAGAAAAACAGAGAAGCCAUGCUCAUCUUCAUGGAGCAGGUGAAUCGUGGCAUUAGAGGUGUUGUGAAAGAUCUGCAAGGGAAUCCCAUUGCAAACGCUACAAUAUCUGUGGAGGAGAUAAACCAUGACGUUACCACAGCACCAACAGGGGACUACUGGCGGUUGCUCAACCCAGGGGAGUAUCGUGUGACGGCCCGAGCUGAAGGCUUCUCCCCCAUGACUAAACUCUGCGUGGUGGGCUACGAGUCCGGAGCAACCGCCUGCAGCUUCAACCUGGCCAAGUCCAACUGGGACCGCAUUAAACAGAUCAUGGCCCUUCACGGCAACAAGCCCAUUCGACUCAGCUACAGCAACACCAGAACACACAACCCUUCAGUUGGCAGCGACAGACGUGUGGCUGGCAGCACCAACGGCUUUUCUACCAACUCCCAACUCAGUCCUGAGCAACGAAAAAGACUCAAAAUUAUGCGCAUCCGUCGCCUUCGUCAGCAGAAAUUACUGAGGUUAAGACCAACAACAGCAGCAACAACCACGACGACGACAACAACCACCACAACAAGCCUGAUUCCUACAACGGCAUGGUACGACUCAUGGGCUAUAGGGGAGGGACAGUCUCCAACACCGGGCCUGGAUUAUAACUACGAGUACAAGAUCGAUGACUAUUAAACCAAACACAACAGUAAACAUCUCUGUUGUGCUUUGAGCUGGUUCAAGAUUCACAUCAUCACAAGUCUUUGUACGACAAAAGCAGUGAGAAUGUACAGAAUAUUAACUCCAGUAGAAUAAAGUAUCUUAACACCUGA